AUGAGCAAAAAAAAAGCAGAAUGGUCAGCUCCCGGUUAUCGAGUGAGCGAUUUUGAGGAUGGCAAAUUGGUGAAUGCUGAAAUGAAGCGUCUGAAUCCGAAAUUCCAAUUCAAUGCGCUUAACGUGGAUAAAUUAGAGGAAGCCGAACAAUUAAGUCAUAAUGGACUUAAUCAAGGGUGGAAACAUCCUGAAAACAGAGGUGCUUUCUUAGCCAGUAAAAGAAUGAAGCGUUUGGAAGAUUUUUUAGCAGUAGACAUUGAUUGA